UUGUGUGGGAUCCAAACUGUCAGAGUCGGUUGCUCCGGGAGGAGAGGCGGGUAAAGAUGUAAACACUGAUCUGUCCUGAUGGAGUUAGAGAGUUUGUUAGCUUAGUUAAAACAUAUUUUUUGACAUUUAAUCACAGGUAACAUCACAGGGUUAGUCAUUUGCCUCUCUUAGUGCCUUCUGUAAACAGCUGUUUAAUCCAGCAGCAGUUAAAACGCUGCAGUUUACAGAAUAACCCAUGCUAACCUGUUAGCUAGCGAGCUGGCUGUAGUGCUCAGCGUUUUGUUGUUACUUUGUUUUUACUUUAUACUUUAACACCAACAUUAUCCUGAUGCAACUUGAUGGAGGACUACGCCACGUUUGUACAGCAUCACCUCUCUUCUCUGAGAAAGAAAGAAGAAGAUAACAAACCUUCACCUUCAUCCUCUCUCAUCUGCUUCUAUGGACGACCCAUCCUCCCUCCUCUGGUAUUAACUCUUGUUUCUGACAGAACCAUGAGCAUUUGGACCCGAAUAUUAAUUUAUCUGUGUAAUCUAUCAGAGAACAUAAUUUAAAGACUACUUUUUACCGGAUAUGUGAUUAAUUUUUUACUGUGUAGCUGUCUGAGGACUGAAAAUGUCCUUUUAACAAACCCUCUCAUCUCAGCUGCAGCAUCUUUGUGUAUUUGGUGAAUCUUUACGUUUGUAAGAGUUGGGGACAUUGGGAAUUUGUGGUGGAAAUGCAUUAUAAUGUGACACUUGGUCGACCAAUGCAAGUAUUAAGAAAUUAGAACAAAAAAAUAGGGGAGACCGGGGCUUGUUGUUUCAGAGAGUGUGUACUAGGGCCCGACCGAUAUGGAUUUUUUGGGGCCAAUACCGAUUAUUAGGGUGUAAAAAAAAUCUGAUUGCUAAUUAAUGGAUCGAUUUAAAAAAAAUUUUUUUAAUGAAGUUUUAAAUUUUGUUUAUUUAACUAAAAUAUCUACAUAUUUACUUUUUUUUUUUUUUAAAUGGCUGGUUUUGAGCCUUUCAAACACUUCUCAGUAAUAUUUAUCUCAGUACUAUUCCACGUAUUUAUCAUGAAUCAAACUCGGACCAAAGAAGCGUUUUCAACUUACCCCUGCUGAUCGGUGCCUCCGCAUCGUAACUCGCGUUGCUCAUUUCCGGGUUAAUGUCCAUCUCAUGUCUCGUUGUUUUUGAUACUUACAGCUCUCAGGGGAACAGAGGGAGGAGAUGCAGAGGCACAGAGAUGAAGCGCAGAAAGCUGCUGUCCACAGAAAGUUCCAGAAUGAUUCACGAAUGGCUUUUGUGCAAACUAUUCUGCACAGUGUUCAGGUAAGCCCUGAUUUUCAGAUUUGCUUUUGAAAUCUCACAAGAUACAUGUGCUCUAACAUAAAGGAUCAGAGCUCAGCGAGGAAACCUCUCUCUCCCUGUGUGCCCUUCUCAUCAGUUAUAUAACCUAUCACCUGUCCAUCAAUGACCACUACGAUUCCAAACAGCAGUCCCACCUUAAACACACACAGGCUCUGUUUAUGUGAGCCAGCCAGGUAGUGAGAAUACCACCUACUCAAACCCAUGUCAUGCAACCCAGAUUAUGUAAAUAGAUCAUUAAAAGAACAUCUCUGGUCUUAUCAACUGGACUCUUCUCCUAUGUUCUGUCAAGUUAUGUACACGAUAUCCCUUAGAUGCCCAUCUCCACUUUGCUAUUGCAUCCCCAUGUAGAUCAUGCAUUUGAAUAUUUCCCGUGUCGUCAUUAUUGUGCAUGUAAAAGGGAUGGUUUAGAGGAAAACACAGACCUUUUUUGGUAUCUAAUAAACAAAAAUCCCAAGAUGAGUUCCUUAAAAUUUCUUUGUACAUUGCCACACUGUUUUGAGUUCACAGCUCACUCAGUCUCAUUUGGUUUUGCUUAAAUUGUUUGAAUAAUCAAGAAAGAACAGAAAAGGCAAGUUUAUGUUUAAAGUGUUGUUCAUACAAAGAUCAAUUCAAAAUGCUUUACAGAGAAAAAACAAAACAAAAAAGGAAGACGAUGUAGAACAUUAUGAAUAUGAAAUCGAGAAAACAACUAAUCUCUCUUUCAGAUUGUUUUUUGUUUAUGAACUAAGAAAACUACUUUACUCAAGUAAUUUAACAUCCUGGAUGUUUUUCCUACAUUAAAUUGCAGCUAAGGAAGACGCCGACACUGGAGGAGUUGCUUCAAGAGUCUGAAAUUGACUCAGAACAUCAUCACACCGGCACUGGAUCAGGGACCCAUUGCAACCUUUUCAGAGGAACAAAAGAUGAUCCUCUACUUCCAUCGUCUCUUAACAGUGAAGCAAAGGAUGGUGUUCCUCUCCCUCCAUUCACAUCAACAACAUAUAGUGCCUAUCUUGCCACUAAUAUGACACCUCAUCUGGAGGAAUGCCUUACGGAUCCACAUCCCAGCCAACACGGAUCUCUGCCAAGUCCCCUUAAUGGUGUUAGCCACCAGUCCUCAGGUUAUGUGACCUACGAGAAUGUUGCAAACACUUCCAGUGUCUCUGGAGGUAUUGAUACAGGGAUGGAAAGCCAUGACUAUGUCCCAUCAGAGGGAGCUCAUAGCUUGGGUGCCUUUUUUCUUCACAACACUUCAAACACAAUCAUCAAAAUGCCAGAUAUUAUUAGCUAUCCUCCCAUUGACGGAGAGGAGCUGGAGAGGAGUGGACUAGAAUCCUCCUUUUGUAAUGACUUUGUUGUCGCAGAAGACAUUUGUUGCUCUGCACUCAAGGAGGAUUCAGUCAAAUCUAACAGUUUACAGGAAGAGAAAUCAGAAAGCAGCUCAGAGAGUGAAGCCAACCUCUCUGUUCCUACAAUUCUUGACCCUGUAAAAGAUAAAAAGUCUGACUCAAAGGAGGGACAAGAAUCUUUGUCAGAAAGCAGAGAGUUUUCAGGCGAUCCAGAGUCACAGACAAUUAGUGUCCAGCACUGUCCAACAGCAGAGCUGCAGAUUCAGCAGGACCCCACAGAGAAAGAACGAGCAGACAACCAUGAAGAUGAAGAAGAGUCAUCAGAGGAGCCUUAUCGUCUGAGUCUCCAGGCGCUGCUGAAGAAAUCUCAGGAGUAUCGGCGGCGCCAGCGAAUGCUCAGGAACCAAGCCAAAAACAGUAAAAUCCAAGAGGGGACCCAAGAACAGCCAAGAGUUAGGGUGGAGGAGCCAAGCCUCUCCGAUAAAGAGAAUGACGAGUUCCCUCACAAGGGCAACUCGACUGCAGAGAGGAAGAAAACUAAAGAUACGAGCGGCACGAUUGUGCAAAUGUCACCAAAGAACUCCUGGGACAACGAGAGGGCGACUGAGAGUGAGCUUUACAACGGAAAGACAAACUAUAAAAAUGAAAGCACAAAUUCAUCAGAAGAUGAAAAGACAAAGGGGAGAAGUGGUGAUGAUGAUAAAGCAAUUACUUUAAGAAAUAAUAAGAUGAACACGUCACAAGAGCUCAUGGCAGAGCCUAAAAGAAUCAGCACCUUUGCUCAGGAACAGUCCUUGUCCACAGAAACCUUGUUUUGCAAGUCAAGCCCCACAGACUCUCAAAAAGGACGGAAAUAUCAAAACAUCCCAGCUCCAAAUUUCUGCAAGAGUCCUGUUCGCUGCAAAAGCAAAGGUGGUUUCCAAGAUGAAGACAAUGUUGACAAUACAGGGACCUCAAAAGUUCCAAUCAGUGCUGGUUUGUUGAACAAUGAAAAAGUUCAUCAGGGGUCUCAAAACGGUCUUAGAGCAGUUUCACCCAAAGUGAUGCCUUUGGAUGAGUGUGACUUCAGAGGAAUACCCAUCAGGAGUUCACAGCAAAUAGAUCAGCUUGAGUCCAAUCUAUGCGGUCUGAAAAUCCUCAUCUCAGAUCUGGAGUCCACACUAACAGGCAACUUCAAGAAUCAGAGUCAAACUGAGAACAGUCUGAUGCAAAGUGAUGAUGAAGAAAGCCGGGAUGUAGACCUAGACCCAAAGGAGCCACAGAGAAGACAAUCAUCAGACGAUUUCAAGAUUAUCUCUGAAGAUUCAGAAUCUGCACUCAGCUUGAAUGGCACUGAUAAUGUUCCCAUCGCAGAGCAGGAGAAAAGCACUGAGGAGGUGAACGACAGUGAGCUCAGACUUCUAAAAACUUUAGUUACAGAGAGAGAAAGUAAGAAAAUUUGUUUUAAAGGUGGACUUUCCAAGAGUUCUGGACAUCAUGGUGGAUUUAAAAAACAACAGCCGACAGCUAAGUGCCUCCUCUCUGCAGCACAGCGCCAAAAGAUUCCCGACAUGUUCAGAAAUGUUGCCUCUAAAGCUGCUGCUCCAUGUAACACCUCCGUUCUGUCAGACACCAGUAACCAUCCUGUGGAAAAGAGGAACAAGGAAGCCGAAGAACGUCUGAACGCAACACGCUCACCAUCUCUCAACCAGUCAUAUGACGUCGAUGCCCCGUCCGGCCUGUGGCUGCUUGAAGGGUUAGGACUCGACUUAGGCCCAAGAGGUCAUCUUCUCCAGGACAUAGACUUAACUCCAGAGAGCGAGGGUGAGGGUCAAGGUGGGGUAUCCAGGGUUAAACGCAGGCUGCUCAUGCACACAACGGAAGAGAUACCACAAAGAGGCACGGACAGCAUUAGAGGAGCAGAUUCUGUGGUCAGACCUAACUCCAGUACCCCUCGAGGUAAGACCAGAUUUAUUCAGAUAGAGAUGUCAAACAUGAGCAGAAAGAGGUAGAAAGUAGGGCUGGGCGAUAUGGCCUCAAAUCAAUAUCACGAUAUUUUGAGCAGUUCACCUCAAUUAUGUUAAAUGGACGAUAACUACUCCACAAGCUGCUCACCCCCUUUCAGAUUAACUUUGUCUACUUCAGCUUCUACAACUUUUGUCCUCCAUCUCCUCACCUGUCUUUCCCUCUUUGUUAUGGACUGGUUGGGGUGGAGUCAGGUCUCUAACGUAGGACAGGCGUAUUGAAGGGACAUGAGACCAUAGCCUACCAACACACAUCCAAAACCAAAUUUUAUUUAUUUAUUUUUUUGACAUCGAAUAUAUUGACAUGGGCAACAUGACGUCGGUUGUUGUCAUAAAUCUCAGUAUCGGUAAAUUUUCAGUUUAUCGCCCAGCCCUAGUAGAGAGUAUUUUGCAGUAUUAAACUUGAGACUUCUGCUUCCCACUCCCCUUCACAGAAGUUCAGUUAACAGCCAAGAAUAGGAGAAAUGGGUCUCAGAUGUCUUUCUGGUAUCUUUUCAAUAUUCUUCUCUAAAACCUCAGCAGUGAUCGCACCUGUGUUCCUAAAUUGAUGAAUGUUGUGCCUUCAUUAGUUUGAAGCUCGUGUCUUUUUUAAAUUCAGGGUCUUGCACUCACACACACAUGCAGAAGCCACACAGGAAUCAAAAGAAGAGUAAGGAUAAUCCAGGGAUAACCAGGUUGAAAUAAAAUUGAUUCUCCUUCUUUUUUUGGAUGUAGAAGAAAACUUAUCAGUGCUGAAAAGGAGGAAGUGCAGCUGAAAAUGAAAAACAGACAGAUUUAUCGCACAGAGCUUGGAAGCGUCAGUUUUAGAGUGAGGAUAUAAACUAUAAUCAGAUAUAAUCAGAAGGCUGUAAUCAGGAGGAGGCAAACAUGUGUAAUAGAGUAAAUAAUUAGACCUGAGGGGGAAAGGAUUGCCCAGAAACAGACACAUUUUAGAAUUUUACUGAUUUUACAAACACACUUCUCCUCAAAUCUGCUGCUUUAAAAUAAGGGAACCUAACUGCUCUUAAUUAAAUAAGACAAAUAAAAGCUGUGUAUGGGGAAGAUUAUUUACAUGAUCAAACAUCAAAACACUCUGAACAGUAUUUUUUAUCAUCAUGUCAGUUCUGAAAUAAAUUUAAUAGGUUUUUUUUUCCUACCUCAAAACACACCCCAGAUAUUAGGGGUGGGAGAAAAAAAUUGAUACAGUGUAGUAUCGUGAUAUUUUGUCUGGUGAUGUAUCGUAUCGUCUCGUCUACCAAGAAUCGAUUUUUCAAAUUAAUUGCUAAUAUGAAGUCAAACCUAUGAUAAUGGAAAAAUAAAAUCAACUGUUUGUCCAGUGAGGUUGGCAGAGGAGACGUCAUAGAGCAGGAGAAAGUUAGUACAACAAUUAUAUAUAUAAUAUAAGGUUUGCAAGAUGUGCUACAAGUAUUGUGAUAAUUGUAUCGUGGCCCAUAUAUCGUGAUAAUAUUGUUUUGUGGGGCCACUAGUGACUCCCACCCCUACCAGAUAUGAAGACAUUUGAGUCUGCAUGAAAACAGCAAAAAUGAGUUUUAUGGAGAAGUUUAUUCUGAAGAACUGUUGGUGAAUGAGCCUGAAAGAGUCUAUUUUUUUUUUGUCUUGCUAACAGUAUUUACUACCAUAGUAUGUAAUCACUCCUCAUGUUUCUGCUUCUAGCUGCGGUGCGAUGGAACGAAGGCCACCACAGUCUCAAAGAAAGGCAGGAACAACUCCAACAAGCCCACGCUGCUCAGGUCAGAGCCCUGCAGGAGGAGCACAGGAGACAGCAGGAGGAACUGCUGCAGGUGAGACAGCACAGAUGGACGAUCUGCUAAAUCAUUAUUAUAAAGUUAUUAAAUACACCUGAAACCAAAAGAAAGUUUCACAUUGAGAUGUGUGAAUUCAACAGGAGGAGGCAGGUGCUCGGGUUAGUUUUUGUGAUGAUCCAAUGCCAAAUCCAAAGAAGUUGAAACAGUGAAAAAUGUUAAUAAACCAAACGUUGAUGGUUUGAAAAAUCAUUUAAACCAGGGUUUCUGUUGGGUCUUUAAAAAUCUUUAAACAUCUAAAAUCCAAUAAUUAGAAUUUAGGCCUUAAAAUGUCUUCAAUCCUCUUAAAAUCUCAUAAAAUGUCUUAAAUACAAAUUUGAAAGGUUUUAAAAAUGUAUUGAUGUUACUUACAAAUAAAGAUUGAUUUAAAGUUAGUUUAAAAGGUUCCGAUUUCCCUUCCUUUUGUGUCUGAUGCUCCAAAUGUUUCCCUCGGUGACAGUUCUGUACUGAAGGCAGGCCAAUUAAGUAUGCAGAUCCUUCUAGAGCCAUAAUGUUGUUAUGUAUGAAAAUUGUUUUGCAUCUUCUGGCUCUUAAAUGUAAGCUCUUCCCCUUAAAAGGCUUUGGCAGCAUAUCUUGCUCUAAACUUCAGCAUAAUUGUUUCCUUUCCAGAUGUGUGGGCCUGAUGCUGUGGGCUCUUAAACGUCCCAGUAUCAUCAUAAAUGUCGUCUUUUGGAGUGUGGGCUGAUGAGAAGCCCGGUGGUCCCGCUCCUCUUUAGAGCAGAGGAAGAGGUGUCCAUGAUUUCCAAAAAGAAUGUCCGACCAUGGGACGUUUUUCCUCCUCACCUUUGUUGAUCUUUGAAGGGCUCAGACCCAUCACGGUUUUAGUCUGCAUCUACGGACAGUGGUUUUUUGAUGUGACUUGGGCCCGUGCUUGAUUUUCUGUUACUAAUGUAGCGCCAUCUAAGGACCCAAACGUCAUGGUCAUCCAGAAACUUUUGGAUCUUGUUGCUUUUGUAUCGAGAUUCUCAGACUCUUUGUGAACUACUGAUGAUAAAAUCUGAGUUAUUCUACAUUUGAGACGUUGUUUUUGCUCUAUUGUCACUCAAACAAAGGCUUUAAAUGACAUAUUUGACCAUAAAUUAAAUCAACGCCGGAAUAUCCCUUUAAAUUAAAGUAAAAAAAUGAAAAACAAAAAUUAUAUUGUCAUGUCGGAUCAUUAAGGGCCCUUUCCUCUACUGGGACCCUGGGUAGUUGGUCCCCCUUUUCCCUCUACAACACCCAGGACUACACUCUCUAAGUUUUGUGUAGACUUUUCAUGAAAGUGUGUAUCUUCACUCAAAAAAGAAACACAGCAGCACGACAACAACAACAAAAAAGACCUGAAAUUUGUCUCUAAAGCUCCCAGACAUUUAUUCUUUCUAAAUACGGUUCAGACAAAGUCAUACUGAUAUUUUCAUCCCACUGGCCCGCGUCUUGCACCGGAUUGCAUCACUUAUUGCUGUACAGAUCUAGCUCUAGUGCGUAGCUCCUGUACAACAACUAUAAUUCACCCUACCGAUGUUUUGACUCCACCCAAAGUCACCUUUGAAAGAAAAGAAUGAAUGUUCUCUCUCUCUCUGUUUCCUGCUGCUUUCAAAUUAGGAACAAAAAUGACGGAAAAUAUCGAAUAAUGAAAUACUGAAAAAUGUUCUUUUAAAAUUAGAAUUCAACAUCUGUGUUUCUGUUCUGUGUAUAUUUCUGUAUCUAUAUAUAGACCCCCCCCACACACACACACACACACACACGCACACACACGCACACACACACUCACACACAUGUUGUAGCUCUACCUGUUAGAGCGUGCUUCUGGAGACCUGGGUCGUGGGCAGACUACAGACAUCUGUUCAUUACAAGAGACCUUCAGACUCUCCUCAGUUAAAUAAAAAAACACACACACACAGGGAUUCUACCAUAAAUGUUUCAUUACAUCCCUAAGAGGCGAGCUGGCAUGGUCGCCGCUCUCUCUGAGUGUGUUAGUGUGUGUGCGCGUGUGUGUGUGUGUGCGGGCACAUGCCAGACUUCAAGGACGCCUGCUGCUCUCUGGCAGCCAGUUCCCGUUCCUUCAGCUUGUCUCUGUAUUUGUUCUUGGCCGGUGUCCUUGCCCUAUUAAUCACAGUCUCCGUUUAAUUUAUGUAUCCUUAACAACAAUAUAAUUAACAUAAGCUGUUUAAUAAAAAGACUUCUCUCCGCCUCCCCUCUGUCCUUCCAUCAUUUGUGAUUUCGUGUGAGAGCGAGCUGGCUGGACUCUCUGGUGGAAGGGGGAAGAGGGGAAGCGAGGGAAUUGACACAGAAAAGGAAGGAUAAUUUGUUUAAUUCAUGAGCGUCUGUGGUUAAGUGCCAUAUCGUCCUGCCGAGUGCCACCGCUAAUGGUCCCCUCUCCUAUUUCUUUUUUUUCUCCGUCUAAUUGCGCACCUCGCUUUGUUUUCUCCCUUUCCUAUUCGGAGUCGUUUUUACUCUCUAGCUGUAUUAAUUUCCUCCAUCUCUCCUGUCUCAUCAUCCCUGUCAUCCCUCUCCUCUCCCUCCUGUGCUCCCUCUAUCAUCUCAUCCCUCUCCUCUGUGCCCCGUCUCCCCCCUUCUGUCUCUUCCUUUCUACCCUCAAUUAAUUUCUUCCUCCUGCCUCAUUUGCUGUCCUUUCCAAUUCAAUAUUUUCCAACCUUGCCCGCUCCCAAAUGUGCCCGGCGUGCGCGCGCACACUCACACACUUUCUCCCCUCUCUGUCUCUCAGGCGUUGGCCGCGCGUUUCCGCCUCCUCCAGAGCGUGUCCUUCCCCUGCUCCAUGUCCAGCUCACGUCUUGGGGACACGCUGACCUUUACCAGCCUCUCUCAGGUAUCACAGCACAUUCCUCACUGAUGUCAGAGAUGUAAGAAAGCUCGUCCCGGUUCUCCUUGCGUCCAAAAGACUUGAAAUCUUUUGGAGCAGUUUGCUGACACAUUCAUGUAAAAGACCACCUGCUCCUAAAUGUCUUUAUCUUCAUCUUAAACCUCCGUCAUCUGUUAUUUCUCUCUAAUUUGUAUUCAAUCCAGCAGCUCAGCUUAACUUGUUCAACAAACGUGGCUUUAACGCAACAGCUUCAGAAUCAACAAGUGACUGACAGUAGAUCAGCCGCUUAUUAUUCUGUUUAUUAUUCUCUAUUAUAACGAUGAGAAGCGAGUCCACUUGUGUUGAUUCGCUAAACAGAUGCCAACCAAAAGACCUUGAGAAUCUGCACGGGAAAUUAAUUGGUUGUCAUUGAUGGAAUUAGCAUUCUCCUCUCUCUUCCCCUCUGCUCCUCAUUAUUCACCCCCGUUUUCAUCACUCCCUUCUCCUCUUCCUCAGCCCUCCGGUACACUCUCGGAGCGCUGCCGCCCCCUGCUGUUAGCAGCCGUGAAGGGUUUUCUGACUCGCAGGCUGUUGAAGACGGAGAGAGUGGCUCAGCUGGUGAGAACCGUCAGGGUGAGUGGUCACUGGAGCGGUACAUCUGUCUCCAGCAGCACUUUGUCUUAUUUUUGGAGAAGUUAUUUUAAAGAACGUUAUGUGUUUAUGGUUUGAAGCUAUGAGUGUGUGUGUGUGUGUGUAUUUUGGACCUGUAGGACACACGCCAGCUCUUGCAGGCCUUACAGCAGCAGCAGCAGAACACCAGCGCAGGAAAGUUCAGCGGCGAACAGGACCUUCUACUGCAGGAGAGAGUCGCUCUGCAGGUAAUAAAGCAAACACAUGUUGUAAACAUCUGUUAACCUCCAUCCUCUUCCCCACUCCAGCGCACCCGCAGCAAUUACUCCCUCCAUUAGCAGUUACCACACAAAUAGUGUGAUUACACACAUUCAUUCAAGCCGUCGUCUGCUCUGUAAUUGUUUCCUGCUCCAGCUGCGCGCAGCACGUUAUGAGGUCAACGACAUAUUCUUCAGUCUGUCAGGCAGAGAGAGGAUGCAGCUGAUCAGCUGGGACCGAGAGCUCGUCAGGGAGAGAGAGCUCAGACGACAGGUAACCUUUUCAGAGACUGUGUGUGAACUUGAGAGGUUAUGUAAAUGGAAGGAAUAGUGGUUGUUUAAUAUGAACAGCAACACUAUAAACAGAACUUAGCAUUACAGUUUAAAACCACUGCAUCACAGCUGAUAGCAGAAGUGAUCAAAUCUUAUUACUGGAAUUAACAGAACUAGUAUAUAUAAUACACUGUUAUGACUGGUUUGUUGUUUGUAUGUAGACAUGAUAUUGAUUCUGUAUGGUUCAUCGUUUACACAUUUCCUGACAUCGUUGUUGGUGACAGCUCUGAUCCUUUCUCUUGUUUUUUUCUUGUGCUCAUUCAGAGCGGGCACACAGGCCAUCCUCCAGGAAAGAGUUCACUGUCAGCUGCGACACAAAAAUCACUGGAGAGGAAAAGAAGAAUGAUGUGAGUUCCUCUGUGACUCCAGAUUACAGUUAUUAUUUUCCUGCUUAGACACAGUUCUUACAUAUACAAUCACAACAAGAGAUGAAGGAGUCUUUGUGCGUCAGAUGUUAAAGUGAUGUCUCACCGCUGAUCUGAUCACAGUUAUGGUUUUGUCUAGGAUAUGAAUUAAAAUGAAAAUGAUUCUGACACCUCGAAAUGAUCUUGCACAGCAAACAACAGCAUCAGAGAGGGAGAUACUUCCCUAUCCUAACGCCUGAGAUUGCUGCUGUUAGAUCGGAGUUUAUAAAUGAGCUGCUAAAGAAGUCUUUUACAUUUUUCAUGACAAUGCCUUAAAAUUACAGAAGUGUAUUGCAUUCACCGAAAAAAAAAGAAAAAACCUGUUUUUCAGAGUAUUUUUUUUUUUCUUUUCUAUUUUUUGUAAUCUUUUCCCCUGUUUUUUUUUACAUUGAUUUUUUUGUUUUUCAGACUAAUUGUUUUUCCUAAUCUCUGGGCUCAUGAUCAUUUAAAAACAGACGCUUUCAUCCCCAUCUGCUUGAUUUAUUGGAAGCAAACAUGGCCCACUUGUUUAAUUUAAUCAAGUUCUAAUUUCUUUUGGGUUUGAGACACUGGGAGAUACUUAUUUCUUUAAGUCAGAGAGAUAGAAUUGUCAUAAGUUUGUCUACUUUGCGCAGGCACCUCAGGAUUUACAUACCCUAUAUUUAACUAAUAACCUGCCUUACUCUCAUUAACCCCAUAGUUGAAGUUAUUUAGGAGCUGGAGAAUCCGCUGAUUUGGAGCAGCCGUGGUGGUUAACGGUAUCUGAUUGUAUGAGAUUCUUGCAGGAUUUUAAAGUGUCUCGUUUAGUCAGGAAAGAAAAUAGUCCAAAAAAUAGAAUAAGACUUGUCCGAAAAACAGAAAAAGGGGGAAAAUAUUAGUACAAAAAACCCCAGAAAAAAUAGUCAAAAAACGGAAAGACAAAAGGAAAAAAAAGUCCAAAAUACAUAAUAAAAAAUUGUCUGAAAAACAGAAAGAGGGGGAAAAAUACUAGUACAAAAAACCCCAGAAAAAAUAGUUUAAAAAAAACCAGAAAAACAAAAAGAAAAAGAAGUCUGAAAAACAUAAUAAAAAUGUGUCCGAGAAACAGAAAAAGGGGUUAAAAAUAUUAGUACAAAAAAAAAAACAGUUGAAAUAUAUAGUCAGAAAAACAGAAAGAAUAAAAAAUUUAGUCCGCACAACAGCAAAAAAAAAAUCAAAAUACUCAAAAAAACAUUUUCCUUUUGUAAGUGAAUACAAUACGCUUCAGUAUAAUGAACACGGAACCUUUGAUUUAAAUAUUUUUCAUCUGCUAAAUGUCAGAAAGCCGACUGUCAGGCUCAUAGAGAACUCAGUGGCUUUAGCUAAUGGAAGAGAAAUCAGAAGAUGAAAUAUGUAGAUGCAAAGUUUCUGCCCAACAGUGACGUUAUGCAGAGUAGUCAGCUGAAAGACAAGCACAUAGAUGUUUAAAGUCUGAAUUUGCCAUUUUUUGUACAUUUUCUAAACACAAGUAAAUAAUGACCACCAUGUGCCCUUUUCAGGAGACUUUCUUUUUUUUACAGCAGCAUGUAACCUUUUUGAUCAUUAUGCACCACAAGCUAAGCAAAUCUUUUUCACAAGCUCUUCCUUUAAUGGUGACUAAAAGCCGUCCUCUCUUCCCUACAGGAUGCAAAAAAAGGCAGCGGGAAGACCCAUGGGAGCCGUGACGAAGGCUGGACAUAACGCUGGGUCUUCUGCUGAGCAGCCACCGGAAACCAAACGAGGACAGUUCAGAGCGAAUCCUCAGAGGGUCCCCAAGAGCACUUACUCCUCUAGACCCCGAUGACACUCCCCUAAUUGGCCCCAGUGAGCACCUCUAAUAAAGCCUCUAGCGGUUACAUGAAUACUGCAUAACUAAUCAUUUGAGAGUUACUAAAUCCAAAUUUGACACAAAGGGAGCUCUGCGGCUCAUGUGCUGCGAUUCUUUUACACUCUACGGCCCGAGUGUAAUAUCAUUACAGCUCAGCCUCCGUCUCAGAAGUUUCAGAGCAGAUGUCACAUUGAGUGGAUGUUCAUGGAGGGUUGAACCACCACCACAGCUCACCAGGUCUUCUCCGCUAUCUUUAAAAUAGUGAUGCUGCAGAUGUAAGCUGUGGAAAUAUGAGUUGAUUAGAAAAACUCUGUGUGCUGCACAUUGAUGACACGUCCCAUCAGGAAAGCACAUCUUAUCGUGUGGAGGGCCUGUUUUAUUUUUGGUUUUCAGUGGGCCAGUGGUACACAACCCACGUGUUUGUGCAGGAACGAAGUGUUAUCUCUGGAACAACUCAAAUCCAUCUAAAUAGAGAGGAAAUAUAAAAACGUAUUGGCUUUGACCAGCAACAACUGGCUUUGAGUUAUACAUAGAGUUUGCAGUGUUAUAGAGGGUUUACAUGUUUCCUACAAUGAACACUUCAGACAACACAAAGAAACUUAAAGGGAUAUUUCGGCGUAAAAUAAAGUUAGGGUCAAACACACUGUAACACCGAGUUAGACAACCUAUUGAGAGAUGAAUGUUGCGGACCGCUUGCUUCUCUAGUCAUGACCACAAGAUAGCAGUACACAGCGGUCUACGUCUCCGUACACAAACCUCAACCAAAACGCCACUCUAUAGCCACAAA